AUGUGCAAAGAGUCGGUCAAGCACAACUCCCACAACGGGGUCCCAGGGGCAGGGACAGAGUACAACCAUAGAACAGAAUUAAGGUUGGAUCAGGAUCGGGACAACAUUUCGGGAGGACUGGAGAACCUCGGGCUUCACCACCGGAGUAGAGACCGAACGGGGUGUGACACCUUCACCGCAAGUAUGGACCCCGAUGCCUGCCGCAACUGCGGCAACAGCGGGAAGCACAUCAUCUUCCUGGACCACCGGUGCGCCAUCCAUGAACGCGACGACGCCGAGCGCGACAAGCUUCAGGCGGACGCCGCUCUCGAGCGCGCCCGGGAAAUCUGUGAGACGUCGCUCAACCUCAUGAAGCGGCAGAUGCAGGAGCUCGAGGACGCCAACACAGCCAUUGACACCCUCUCACGCGCCCUCGCCGCCGCUGAUGAGCGUCGCGAGAGAAUCCGUAGAGAUCUGGGUACUCACGGCGAUGUCUGCUUGACGGCACGGUCGAAUUUGGAGGCUGCGGAAGAGAUGGCCAUCGCCGCCGCGGGCCGGUAUUUCGAAGCGGGCAGGGCUGUUUCCGCGCUGGAGGAGAAGGAGCAGAGGUCCGAGCCAAGCUGGAAUGUCAAUGAUCAUGCACCGGUAGACGACGAGGGAGACGAAGAGGAGGAGAGACGCGAGGAAGACGACCGGAGGUGGCAGAGGUCCAACGAGAGGUUUUGCAAAUGGCUGAGGCAAUCCGAGGCGCAAAGGCAGAUUAUGAAGUCUUCGUGGACGAAACUGCGCGUCGCCGAGAGGUUGGCGAGCGAGAGUGUCGAAGACGAGCAGGUUGCGAGGCAGAACCGGGUUCAGGAAUGGGCUGCUGCGCGGAGAAGCGAUGUCCCACCCGAGGAAGAGGUAACUCUUGUCACCGAGGGAGCCGAGUCAGAGCCUGCCGCGCCGGUCACCGUACCGCCUACGCCGGCUGGUACGAGGUCCGAUGUGCGGAAAACGCCGGCGGUUAGGACGCGAGGGAGGAGUGGACGCGUGGUCGCCGUGGCGGCGCCGCCUCCCCCUCCGCCUCCGCCGUCACCACCGAAAACAACCACUACGACAGGAAGACCGGCGAGAGGCGCGAGGAGGGUGGAGAGUCAGACGAGGUCCGAGCCGGCACGACCUACUACUGCCACGAGAGCGAAGCGGGAGCCUGUGACGGCGAACCAGAAAGCUGCGGCGGCGGCAAAGAUGAUUUCCGAAAGACCGGCUCGGACGACCAGGGCGGGACGAACGGGGAAGACACCGGCUGCGGAGGCCGCAGCUGUUGCUGCUGCUGCGAGUGCGAAUUCUACCUUGACGGCGGCUGCGGGAAGGCCGCAGAGGGCAGCGAGGAGGAAAUCAAGAGUGCAACCGUACCCGCAAUCGCAGCCGAGAUGGAAGUAA